AUGUCGACCACGCCCGUCACCACAACUCCGAGUGACGCCGGUCCUGUCCAGCAAGCCGCUCCCACACAGCAACUGAAUAGGUCUUGUGAAUCAUGUCGGAGUCUGAAAGUUCGCUGUCUGCCUGACCACACCUUCCCUAACCAAUGUCAGCGAUGCGUUAAAGCCAAGAGGGCUUGUGUCUUCGUGGCUCCGCAGCGACGGCGACCGCGCAAGCGAACUGACUCGCGGGUGGCUCAGCUGGAAAGAGAAAUGCGCCAGAUGCGCUCCCUCCUCAAGGACCGCAUCAUAAUCGACGAAAGUAGCACGGAAAGCACUGGGAGUGAAAGAGAGGACUCGUUUGAACCAGACUUCGGGACUGACCCGAAAGAGACCUUACCGACCAUCCUAGACGCGCCAAGCAGCACCUCAGAAUCUCUUCGACGUAUGGAAGCUUCGCCCGGCUUUGGCUCGUCCACAUCGUAUCCACAUACUCUUGAAGAUGGCUCAAUCCCUCCUGCCUCUUUCAAUCCAGCCCAGGCCAGACAUUCUCCGGAAUUGGCCGUCGGGGAAGAUGUUGUCGAUCGGGGCGUGAUCAGCCUGGACUAUGCCAACGAAUUGGUGGCAUUUUAUAUGACAGAUCUAACUGGGUUUUCUCCAAUGGUCACUUUGCCGGGCGAUACGACAGCCGCCCAACUGCGUCGCUCGAAACCCGUGCUUUUUCUGUCGGUGAUUGCGGCAGCCGCUCUUGCCGUGGACGAGGGCCUAGCAGCCAUCCUCAACCGCGAGUUGGUUCGACUUUAUGCGGAGCGCUUUUUCAUGAACGGCGACAAGUCCUUGGAACUGGUUCAAGCUUUGCUGCUCAUGAUCAUCUUUUAUUAUCCACCUGAUUCGCCUUCAAAACUGCAGCAUUAUCAGUAUACCCAUAUCGCCGCCACGAUGGCCUUGGAGAUCGGGUUAGCCUCUAAGCGGAGGGUACUCAAUGGCACGGACCGCAAAUCAAGCAGGCAGGGUGUGUACGACCAACACAUGGCUGAGCAAGCCAGAGCGAUACUGGGGUGUUACCACUUAGCAUCAACAGUCGCAAUGAAAACACGCCGGCCCAAUCUGCUUCUUUAUAAUGACUGGAUGGAGGAAUGUGUAAAACACCUCGAGAAUUCACCGAAUAUGCUCGAUAAGCAUAUGGCGACGUGGUUUGAGCUGCAAAGAAUCGUUGACGAGGCGAUGGCUUCUUUCGGCCUGGAUGAUACCAGUUCCACUACUCCUUUGACGGAGUCGCGGAUUCAAGCCAUACUGAGGUGGUUUGAUAGCCGGAUGCAGUCCUGGAUGAAGAAUGUCCCCUCAGAGUUGCUCACUGUGCCGAUGACCUUCGAAUACCACUAUACCAACCUUGCCAUAUAUGAACUAGCCGUCGGAGAAGGGUAUCGAGACCCCGAUGCGAUCAAGCGACAAUAUUACACACUUCCCAGACCGGAAGACGGAGGCAACGAACGGUACCAAACCCCACUGAGCGCCGUGCGAGUAGAUGUCACAAUCAAAUGGAUGAAUGCGGCCCAGGAAACUCUCGAUACCUUCCUCAAAUGUGACACAGAAGUUAUGCGAUCGAUCCCCAGCCUUGUCUAUACCCGGGUCGGCACGGCCAUGAUGUCUCUUCUCAAAAUCUUUUUUUCGGUCAGGUCAGGGGGGUUGGGGGAGUUUAUCACGCCCCAAGCAAUCAAACUGGAGAUGUACUUGGACGCCAUGACCAAUAGCCUGACCGAAGCCAGUGGCGGGGGAAAGUACAGGAUUCCCAGUCGAUGGUUGUAUGUCAUUGCGAUCAAAGCCCGAAAUUGGUACGAUCGGUUCCAACAACGGCAAAUGCAGAAAGAGACGGGGCUUGUUCCCUCGAUCAACACCAGUCCAUCGACAUCACAAGCUCCGGCAUCCUUUGCAAACCCUCCAGGGUACGACCCUGCCUCUGCCCUCCCACAGCAGCCGGUUGGAACGUAUGGAGUGAGCGUGGAUAUGUCGCAAGUGUCGGCGUAUCAACCGAUGGGUGGAAGCUAUGGAACGCCUCCAGGAAUGACCCCGACGUGGUCAUCGGAUCAGGGGACAAAUCACCUCAAUUUCUCCGGUGUGAAUCAGUUCUCAACGUAUCCUCCAGCCAUGGUGCCGUCACAGUAUGUAUAUGAGGCGCCCCAGCAGAGGGUUAUCCCGGGCGGCGCACUACAUAGUGGCACGCCGAUACCUCCAAAUCACAGCAUGGAAGUCGAAGGUUGGGUCCCGGAUAGGAGCAUUGUGGGCAUGCCUAGCCUGCCGGAAUUCUGA